AAGGGGGCCGUGCCGCCGCCGCCGGCGUUGCUUGAAGAGGAGCGCGUGCUCUCUCGACGAUCGCAACGCGUGCAGCUACCUUGGCGGUGUGCACGUGCGUGGCCAGCGUGCGUGCGUGCCCGUGUCUCUGUGUGUACACAGUGUGUAUAGUGCAGGAAACCCCGACGAUGGAAUAUCGGUGAGGUCACGAGGUCACCGCAGAAUGCCUGAGCCGAGGGCGAAGCGCUGUAAACACUGUGACGAGUCUGGCCACAGGUUGGACAGCGGCUCCCCGUUCUGGAGGAUUCAGCUCGACCAGGAUCUUCUGGACACCAUCAGCGCUAUCUACCCGGAGUGGUUUAAGGACUAUACUAACACCCGAGCCUCGACCUCCUCUUCGUCGAGCACUUCCGGCGGUCAAUCGAACGCCGAGGGCACCGUCGCCGCCGACUCCAGCACCGUCCUUGAGCACAAGGUCGCCAAAGGUGAUUCCAAGUCGAAGUCCAAGGCGAAGAAGGCGGACAGCCUCAAGGACAAGGAGAGGGACAGGAAGGAAGCCAGGCGCGAAUCCAAAGACGAGAGGGACGCUGGAAACGGUAAGAAAGGCACGAAGCCCUCGCCGCAGCAGGAUAAAGCGGCGGACGUGGCAGGAAGGAAGACCGCGGGUGUUCCAGGAUCAGCCGCGGCGGAGAUGGCCGAGGGUAAUCAGUCGCCGCCGAAGGCGGAGGUCGACGACUCGCCGCUUCAACACGCCAUGGAUCGCAACAAGGAAUCGUUGAAGGUGAAGCUUAUGCUGAGGCGACCCAUCAAUCAGCUGGUUGCGCAAGGCAUCAUGCCACCGUUGAAGACGCCGCCAGCGUUCCACGAGCAACGGAAGCAGCUGGAACGGGCGAAAACCGGCGAUCUGUUGAAGGCGAAGAUCCAGCAGAGACCGGGCCGGGAGGAGCUGGUCAGGCAGCAUAUCCUCGAGGAUGUGGGUCACGUGGACCCGAGCCUGGCCGAGAGGCAGCGCAUGCUGAAGAAGGCCAGGCUAGCCGACCAGCUCAACGAUCAGCUCAGUCAUCGACCUGGGCCUCUCGAGCUCAUCCAGAAGAAUAUUCUCCACACGGAGGAGCCCAUCGAAAGGGCGGUCAAAGAGGGCCACAUUCCCUUCAAGGCCACCUGCGAGGGCCAAGUAACGAAACCCCAGCACCCCGACCACUACAUCACCUUCGAGGAUGACUCCCAGAGUUCCGAAGGUGCGCCCUCGCCGCAGCUGGAGUCCCGAUCGGACGUUCUGGAGACAGCGGCUGCCUCAGCGGGAAUCGUUACCGUGUCCCUUAGUAUUCCGACGACCGGCGGCGCCGUGGUCGUCUCGUCCACGUCGCCGGUCUUCCAGCAAGCCGCGAACGAACCGACGAUACAAACGUUCGCGGAGCUCUGCAACACCGUCGUCGGCUCGCAGCAGCAACAGCAGCAUCACCAGCAGCAGUCCCAGCAGCAGGUUCAACACAGUCAGCAACAUGCCUCCACGCAGGCGAGUCAGACGAACGGUCCAUCGACGACCCUCCUUCCACUGGCGCCGGCGCCGAGUCCGAUGUCCUUGGGUUCGACGACGUCCAGCCUGAGUCCCCUUUCCAAUAUCUCGAUAGCGUCGCCCCCGGCACCACCGCCGGCCGCCAUCACCCCGAGACCGCAACCCAGCCCGAUAGCCGCGUCCACGUGUCAGAGAAGCGACGCGCCGGGCAAGGAUAAGAACAGGAAGAAGUCCAAGACCAAGAGCCAACCCAAAACGCGCACCAUCAAGUUUCACGAGUACAAGGGCCCGCCAAACGCGCAGAAGACGUCGGUGUCGUCGACGACUUCCGGCCUCGGCUCGGCACCGCCCGGCGAGACCAGCUACGAGCUGCUCCUCCAACAGCAGCAGCUCUUCCUUCAGUGGCAGCUCGAAUGGCAGCACAAGUAUCCUCAGAUCAUUCUCCCAGCGGCACAGAAGCCAUUGUCGCUUACCAGCAGUGCCGCCAGCGACGCCGGAAGUAUCAGCGGAAGCAGCGCGAACGCGCCGAGCCCUGCACCAUCGAAUUCCUCGAACAACCCCUCGGAGCAACCUCCGUUGAGGCCUUUGGGCAAGCUGGAGGAGAUGAAAGUAAGCGAUCUCAAAGUGGAACUGAAACGUCGAAACUUACCGGUGUCUGGCUCCAAGCCACAGCUGAUCGAGAGAUUAAAGCCGUUCACGGAAUUGUCUAGCGGGAACUCGAUGUCUAGCUCGAAUGGACCUCACGUGACACACAUGGGCCACAUAUUGAUGGACACACCGGGUCCGGUGACAUCCGACGAGUCGAGCUCGCAUGCCAAAAGCCCGGGAUCCGCCAUUAAGGACGAACCCAACAGUCCUCGAAUGGAUUCACCUCAUGGCAGCGAACACGACGAUCCAUCGAGCCCGCCAGGGGACGACAUCAUCAAAGAGCAAAGAAAACGGAUAGAGGAGCUGCAGCGUGAACUGUACAAGUCCCAGCAACAGCUGCAGCAGAUCCGCCAGACUCAGCCGACCACCGUUCACGCCGAGAAACUGGUGCUCCAGCAACACAUACAGAACAAGAUGCAACAACAGCAGCUGGCGCUGCACCUGCAACAGCUGCAACACUUGCAACAGCAACAGCAGCAGCACCAGCAGCAGCAGCAGCAGCAGAGCCAACAACAGUCCCAGCAGCAGACGCAGCAACAACACGCCGCGUUCCAGCAGCUGAACGCAAAGGCCAGCCUCGCCGCGUUCCUGCAGGCGCAGCCGAACAACGCCACCGCCAUUCUCGAUUCCUCGACUCUGACGGCGAUCAACAACAAGAAGAAUCAGGCCAAGAACAGCGCCACCGUUCAGAUACCCACGGCGAUCGUUCUGAACCUGGCCAAGCCCGCGAAGCUGAACGGUUCGUUGCUCGGCGCUCUGGUGGCGCAGGCGCAGGCCCAGCAGCAGCAACACCAACACCAACAGCACCAUCAGCAGCAGACGGCCGCGUCCGAGGAGGGCAAGCCACCGCCCCCUCAGUACGACGAAGCUGCAAAACUCCUCAAAGUGAAAAUGGAGCCGGUUCAGAAGAACCACAUCAAGAGUCAAGUCGUGGACGACGUGUUGGAGAUCCUGAUAAAGAAUGGCGAGCUACCUCCGAGCGCCGCACAGGAUCCAGCCACCCCCACGACCCCUAACAGACAGCUCCAGCAGAACCUGGUGUUCACCGCGCCGGCGGACAGCCAGACUCACUCGUUGGUGUUCACCGCGGCUAGUCCGAUCAGUCCGAUCAGUCCGAUAGCGAUGGAAGUUUCACAAAGCGAUUGCGUGAGUUCACCGGCACCGGCACCGCCGCCGCCGCCGCCUCCAUUGCCUUUGGCGACGUUCUCCAUUCAGUUACCCUCCGCGUUGCAACAGUUGCAGCAGCAAGAGGAGAUGUCGUCGUUUGGCACGGACUUGCUGACCUCGGAGGCAGAGCUGGACACGGCGAUGCUCCUCAGUCCGCAGUCGGGCCAGCAAUCCUCGCCCGAUCCUCAGCCGCCGCAAGAAGUCACCUCGUCGGACAACGCCAACUUGGACCUCAAGGAACUGGGCUUGGAUCUGGAGACCCUGGACACCAUGGACUUCGGGCAACUGGAUUGCGAUCUGGGCGUGAAGAUGGAAGCCCCUCAGGAGCUGAUGGACAUAGGAGACAUGCCCAUGGACAUGGACGACUCGGACUGGUUGGACUCUCUGAUGCCGCAGUCGCCGCCAACCGCUUCCACGACGAUGUCGAAUCACCAGCCGACACCGUCCAUGAGUUUGACAUCGGGAACGGACAUUUACGAUCCUCUUCUGGCCAGCAGCCCAGACCCGUUCGAUCUCUUCAACAUGGAGGACUCCGACUUCAAGAUGUCCUCCGAUCUCUCGCUGACCUGGGACAAGGUCGACUUCGCGACCUAGCCCGAGAUCUAUCCCUGGAGCUCGGCCUUGUGUACUUAACUGUCCAACGGGGAACGAGGGAGCUUUCGAUACACAGAGACCAACGACCCGACCACGGCUGAGCCACUGAAGUGCUACGCGUGUUGUGUGAAUUAGUCUGUGACUGUUUGGUGCAUUUUAGCGAAUCGUUUCGCGGCACGACGCACUUGGGCCGCGGAUACGUUUCGCGGUGGCGGAUUCCAACGGUGCCUCGCGUGGACGCCGAACGUACUUAAGCGCGGAAAAAAAGCUUUCGCGCCGCUUGGACGAACGGAACCGGAGGACUAUCGUGCGAAUUAGGAGUUAAAAAUAGCUGUACAAUUUUCACGGGCGAAAAUUUAUGGGUGAGUAAUUCGAUAACCGCGUCCGAGGGCGAUGCAAAAGAUCGCGAACGGAUCGGCAAGGACGAGAGAACGAAUCGCGAGACCGCGUAGCAAACGUUUCUAAGGGGUUUUUAUAGAGCAUAAAAAUUGUCUUCGGUCCGACACGAUCGAUAGACGGAACCAAUACACGCAACGGAAGGAUCACGCUUCCGGUUCGCGAGGAUCGAUCGCGAGGACGAGUCGCCGAGACCGGCGCGGUCGUCCCGCAACCCGGAAAACAAGACGACAACGACGAUGUCUUCAAAAUUCUCCAAAGAAAUCUCCUUGCGAGCGUUUUUAGCUAGUUUUUACUAUCCAGUCUACAGUCGUGUGUUGCUUGAGUUUUAAUAACUGCGAAUAGCGUGUGUGUUAAACAGGAAGUAACCGGGAAAGCUGCGUAUAUGUUUUUCUCGUAUGCUUCCCCCCUACACCCACCCAGCCACCCCUCCCUCCUGCUCCCUCCAAGUAAAUAAAAAAAAAAAAUAAAUCAACCAUAUUCAAUCGUAAUAAUAUAAUCGGAUAAUUAUUACAUUUACGGGAAUCUAAUAUAAAUGUAACGAUCGUAAAGGUUACGUAUGUAUGUAUAUAUGUAUACGUACAUAUACAUAUGCAUAUAUGUAAAAUACAGUAAUACACGCUGCGUUCGAAAGCCAAGGUGCGGUCUGUAAAAGGCGAGAAAAUGAUGGAGAGAAA